AUGCCCGCCGCCGUCGCUUCUACCCCCGCCGCCUCCGGCAAGGAGACCGCUCAGUCGGUCGCCGUCCUCGAGGAUCUCAUCAAGAACCUCAACGUCUCUACCUCCGCUGAUGAGGUCAACGCUGCCGCCAGCAACCUCGCCACUCUCUUCAGCGGUCCCAUUCCCGAGCAGACUCUUCCCCUGAAGGCCGUCGAGACCUUCAAGAAGCAGCUCGGCAACAAGAAGGAUGCUCUUGCCCGCGAGCGUGCCCUCGAGGGCAUCCGCGCCAUCGCCUCCCACCAGACCAUCGCCCCUGGUGUUGAGCCCCACCUUGUGUCCCUCCUUCUGCCCGUCCUCAAUGCGGUCGGUGACAAGAUGACCCCCGUCAAGGAGGCCGCCCAGAGCACCGCCGCUGCCAUCGUUCAGGCUGUCUCUGGCAACGCCGUCAAGGCCGUUACUGCCCAGAAGUGGCAGGAGAAGAUGGCUGCCCUGACCUGCCUGGAGGCUCUCAUUGAGACUGCCCCCGCUCAGCUCUCCUAUCAGGUGCCUGCCCUCAUUCCCGUCAUCUCUGAGGCUAUGUGGGACACCAAGUCCGAGAUCAAGAAGGCCGCCUACGCCACCAUGGAGAAGGUCUGCGGUCUCAUUGUCAACAAGGAUAUUGAGCGUUUCAUUCCCGAGCUCAUCAAGUGUAUCGCCAAGCCCGAGAACGUCCCCGAGACCGUUCACUUGCUCGGUGCCACCACUUUCGUUACUGACGUGACUGGCCCUACCCUCGCUAUCAUGGUUCCCCUUCUGGACCGUGGUCUUGUCGAGCGUGAGACUGCCAUCAAGCGUAAGUCCGCUGUCAUCGUCGACAACAUGUGUAAGCUUGUGGAGGACCCCAACAUUGUCGCUCCCUUCUUGCCUAAGAUGUUGCCCGCCCUGAACAAGAACAACGAGACCCUCGCCGAUCCCGAGGCCCGUGAGAAGACCAAGCAGGCCCUCGACACCCUGUCCCGUGUCGGUAACAUCGUCGAUGGCAAGAUCCCCGAGGUCUCCACCGCCGGUGACAUCUCCACUGUCUCCGCCAUUCUCAAGGAGAUUCUUGCCGAGAAGAAUGUUUCCAAGGACGUCAUCGAAAAGUCCGAGGCUGUCAUCAACUACGUUGGUGCCAUUGCCGGUCAGCUCGUCGACGAGAAGGACUCCGACAACACCACUUGGAUCCAGAACUGCUCUCCCUUCAUCGUCGCCAUUGCCGGUGAGGCUGAGGCCAAGAACAUUGCCGAGGUUCCCUCCGAUGAGGAGGAUGGUGUCGAUCUUUGCAACUGUACUUUCUCCCUCGCUUACGGUGCCAAGAUCCUGCUCAACCAGACUCACCUUCGUCUGAAGCGUGGUCAGCGUUACGGUCUUCUCGGUCCCAACGGUUCCGGCAAGACCACCCUCAUCUUGAGGGCUUCCCCCAAGAAGGAUGAGGUUAAGACCGUCUACGUCGAGCACGACCUUGACGCUGCCGAUACCGAGCUGACUGUCUGCGGCUGGACCAUCAAGAAGCUCCAGGAGGUCGGUCUCAACCCUGUUGAGUCUGAGGUCCGUGACAAGCUUGUCAACGAGUUCGGUUUCCAGGAGUCUCAGCUCGAUGGCUCCAUCGGUGCCCUGUCUGGUGGUUGGAAGAUGAAGCUCGCUCUGUGCCGUGCCGUCUUCGAGAGCCCCGAUAUUCUGCUGCUCGAUGAGCCUACUAACCACUUGGACGUCAAGAACGUUGAGUGGCUCGAGAACUACCUCAAGUCCUCCCCUUGCACUUCCAUCAUGGUUUCCCACGACUCUCGCUUCCUUGACCACAGGGUCCCCUCCGCUCGCUCCUACUACGAGCUCGGUGCCUCCGAGAUGGAGUUCAAGUUCCCCGAGCCCGGUUUCCUCGAGGGUGUCAAGACCAAGUCCAAGGCCAUCAUUCGUGUCAACAACAUGUCUUUCCAGUAUGAAGGCACUCCCAAGCCCCAGAUCAAGGACAUCACUUUCCAGGUCUCUCUUGGCUCCCGUAUUGCCGUUAUCGGUCCCAACGGUGCCGGAAAGUCCACUCUCGUUAACGUCCUGACUGGUGAGCUUAUCCCCACCUCCGGUGAUGUCUACCAGCACGAGAACAUCCGUAUCGCCUACAUUAAGCAGCACGCUUUCGCUCACAUUGAUAACCACUUGAACUCUACUCCCUCCGAGUACAUCCAGUGGCGUUUCCAGACUGGUGAGGACCGUGAGACCAUGGACCGCGCCAACAAGAUCGUUACCGAGGAGGACGAGAAGGCCAUGGACAAGAUCUACAAGGUCGAUGGUACCUUCCGUCGUGUCAUUGGCAUCCACUCUCGCCGCAAGUUCAAGAACACCUACGAGUACGAGAUCUCCUGGUCUCUGGGUGAGAACAUCGGCAUGAAGUCCGAGAAGUGGAUUCCCAUGAUGUCCAACGAGAACACCUGGUUGCCCCGCUCCGAGAUUAUCGCCUCUCACCAGAAGCAGGUCGCUGAGGUUGAUCAGAAGGAGGCCCUUGCCUCCGGUCAGUUCCGUCCCUUGUCCCACUGCGCCAACUUCGGUCUCGAUGCUGAGCUGGUUUCUCACUCCCGCAUGCGCGGUCUCUCUGGUGGUCAGCGUGUCAAGGUUGUUCUCGCCGCUUGCUCGUGGCAGCGUCCCCACGUCAUCGUUCUCGACGAGCCCACCAACUACCUCGACCGUGACUCCCUUGGUGCUCUCUCCAAGGCCAUCAAGUCCUUCGAGGGUGGUGUUAUCAUCAUUACUCACUCUCGUGAGUUCACUGAGAACCUGACUGAGGAAGUCUGGGCCGUCAACCACGGUCUCAUGACCCCCUCCCGCCACAACUGGGUCCAGGGUCAGGGUUCCGGUCCCCGUCUUGAUGCCAAGGGUGAUGAUGAGGAGGACAAGUUUGAUGCCAUGGGUAACAAGAUCGUUGUCGAGAAGAAGAAGAAGCUCACUGGAUCUGAGCUUCGCAAGAAGAAGAAGGAGCGUGCUGCCCGCCGCAAGCGUGGUGAGGAGGUCUUCUCUCGAUGA